AUGGCCGAACUUGUUCCAUAUUUCGAUGGCAUGCAGCAAGGACAGGGAUACAAUACCUACCUUCAACAAAUUGGUGUAGCAGAUGCUGUCACUAUCACUCCGGGCCAACCGGAGUCUGCCACCUACGACCUCUUCUAUAGUAGUGAAAGGAUCGAUGAUUACACAAAGCUUGCGCAGUCCUUGGAAAUAAGUGCUGGCGCUGCUAUUUCUGGUUGGGGACAGUCUUCCCAAAUCGACGCUAGCUAUCUUGAUCGGCUAAGUUUUGAAAGCAGUACGGUGACCUAUCAAGUCCAGGUAUCAUCCAGACAGCAGGCAUCAAUCGGGAAUUCGUACUCGUUUAAUCAAAUAAUCACCGAUACUCCGAAUAAGUUGUACGGAGACCGUUUUAUUGCAGAUUUCAUUCGAGGUGGCCAAUACUUUGCUCGCGUCUCCAUUUCCGCAGUCAACAAAUCCACCAGUCAAGAGAUCAGACAGGCAUCGGAGGUUGCUUUCUCUAUGUACGGAGUCACCGGCUCCGUCACAAACGAAGUGAGAAGUGCCGUGGAGACCAUCAACAGACACUCUCGCGUCACUGUCUGGAUCCAUACCUCUGGAGGCGGAGGCCGAUCUGGAGUUAUCCACGCAGAACCCCACGACGGUGAAGACUCGCCUCUUUUUGCGAUCAAGGAAGGCGCAGAUAACUUCUACCAGGAGUUGAGGGAGGGAAAGCAUAGAUAUAGACGAUUUGCACUCCUGUGGAGAUACACCAACGUGCCGAAUUUCAACAAUGCAUUCACGCCUUUUGACUAUGCUUUUGCGAAUCAGAGGAGCUGGUACCUAUUUGGAGAUUUUACGCAAUAUGAUGCGUACCUUGAACUCAUUAGGAAGAUCCCAGUUCAAAAGUUCAUCAACGGCAGAGAGCAACAGGCUGAACUGUAUGAAGAAGGGGCCAACAUACUCUCGGUCAUCCGCACCAAAGUCCAAGCAGUCAACGAAAACCCAGAAGAAAUAAACUCCCCAAUCUCAUAUCCCAUCCCAGAGGACUACAAGAAACUAGUCCUGCUAGCCAUCAGAACAGUAACCAUGAUUGCACAAGAACGAACCCUCGACAACGGCAGCUUCAGCGACAUCGCACUCCCAACCCUCCAAGGAAACGCCCGCACGCUCUUCAAAUUCCAGACCUACGACUUCGACACCGGAUUCGGGAACACGGUUGUUUCCUUUGGCAGACGAGACUCAUCGUUCAUAUGUCUAAGCGGACAGCGAGUAUCCGAUGGAUAUCGAGAAGAAAGCGUCUUUUGGGCAUUUGAAGACCCGGUUGAAGAGGUCUCAGAGCAACAGGUUCAUGUGGCCAGUAUGCGAACGAGAGAUUUGUUGCUUUUGAGUCGGACGGAUCCUGGUCCGAGGCCGUUGUUUACAUUUUAUGCGAAGAGUAGUUGGUAA